UACAUUUGAGACCCCACAAGCCGUGUGUUGAACUUCCUGUGCAGAGUUGGGAGAUAAAGAAGUUUCAAGAGAUCAAAGUUUAGGGUUUUUGUUUGGCCAUCAUUGACGAAGUAAAGCUCUGGAUAUUUGUGAAAGGAUUGAAGAUUUCGUGAUUGAUUGAAGGUUGUGGUGUGUGAGUUAUAUGGUAUCCAUUACUGGAUUUUGGGUCUAGUUAGAUGGCAACCACGUCGCCAUCUCCAAAUUCGUCUCCAUCGGCUGUGCCGCCAGCUUCUAAUACUACUUUAACAUCUCCGUCAACCGCCACACCGACACCGUCUUCUCAGCCGAAUUUGGAUUCACCAGAGUCCUCUAAGGCAACCACUCAAUCUCCGCAACCUGUUGUUUCAUCAGCUUCUCCUCCAGCCACAUCCUCACCACCUCCAACACAAACACCUCCUCCAACUCCACAAUCUGCUUCACCGCCAACCUCGCCGCCACCACCUUCAUCCAAUGUACCUCCACCAGCUUCUUAUUCUUCACCCCCACCAUCAACUUCUGGUUCUCCACCCCCACCAUCAUCAAAUCCACCGAAAAGUUCACCUUCUCCGCCACCACCAACAUCUGAUCCACCUGCAAGUUCACCUCCUCCACCGCAAUCUCCCGCACCAGUGAGUUCACCUCCACCUCCACCCUCUUCAAAGCCGCCUGAAACUUCACCGCCACCUGAAAAGUCUCCUCCACCUCCAUCAAGCCCCCCCAAAACUUCACCACGACCGUCACCAUCAGACCCACCACCGAAUUCAGCCCCAUCUCCAGCAAUUGUGCCACCCAUAAGUUCACCUCCACCAUCAGCAUCAACCCCCCCUGAAAGUUCACCUCCACCACCAGCAUCAACUCCCCUUGAAAGAUCACCGCCUCCACCAGCAUCAAUACCUCCCAGAAAAGCACCCCCGCCUCCUAGCCGUACUACUCCAGCCCCACCUGGCUCUCAACCAACCCCUUCACCUGCACCACCCAUCAUAAGAAUGUCACCACCUCCCCCCUCACGGGCUUCUCCACCAGUUCCUUCUCAAAUUCCAAGUCCACUAACAAACACUUCCAGUCCGAAUGCACCACAAAGUUCAAAUUCCAACGGCAUUGGUACCGGAGGCAUAGUGGCAAUUGGUGUAGUGGUAGGGGCAGUAGUGCUUAGCCUCGUUGGAUUGAUUGUAUGGUGCAUGAGGAGGCAAAAGAAAAAAGUAUCCGGGCUUGAAGGUUAUGCUAUGCAAUCCACUAUGGAUUCUUCUCCACGAUCAGAUUCAUCCUUCUUGAAGGCGCAUUCUUCAGCUCCCCUUGUUGGAAGCCGUUCUGGCAGUGAGUUCAUGAGUCCUCCGCCAGAACAAGCAGGAGUUGGAAAUUCAAGACCAUGGUUUACUUUUGAAGAACUAGCUAAGGCCACAAAUGAUUUUUCAUCUCAGAAUCUUUUGGGCGAAGGCGGAUUUGGUUGUGUUUAUAAGGGAUGCCUACCAGAUGGGAGAGAGGUGGCAGUAAAACAACUAAAAAUUGGAGGGGGUCAGGGUGAGCGAGAAUUCAAGGCUGAAGUUGAGAUUAUUAGUCGCAUACAUCACCGCCAUUUGGUUUCUCUGGUUGGCUACUGCAUCUCUGAUAACCGAAGGCUGCUCGUCUAUGAAUAUGUCGCUAACGAUAGCCUUUAUUUUCAUCUUCAUGGAGAAGGUAGGCCAGUUCUGGACUGGGCAACGCGUGUUAAGGUUGCUGCUGGUGCAGCUCGUGGGAUCGCUUAUCUUCAUGAAGACUGUCAUCCUCGAAUUAUUCACAGGGAUAUAAAGUCGUCAAACAUUCUUUUAGAUAACAACUUUGAAGCUCGGGUUUCAGAUUUUGGACUUGCCAAAUUAGCGCUUGAUUCAAAUACGCAUAUAAGCACACGUGUGAUGGGAACGUUUGGAUACGUGGCUCCUGAAUAUGCAUCAAGUGGGAAAUUGACUGAGAAGUCUGAUGUUUACUCUUAUGGAGUUGUGCUUCUUGAGUUGAUCACUGGACGGAAGCCUGUAGAUACAUCCCAACCCUUGGGAGAUGAGAGUCUAGUUGAAUGGGCUCGGCCGUUGUUGAGUUAUGCUCUUGAUAAUGAGGAUUUUGAAGGCGUGGUAGAUCCAAGGCUCGAAAAGAAUUAUGUGGAUACUGAAAUGUUCAGAAUGAUCGAGAUUGCUGCUGCUUGUGUGCGACAUUCUUCUGCUAAGAGAUCACGAAUGGGACAGGUUGUUAGAGCUUUCGAUAGUUUUGUUGCUUCCGAUAUAAACAACGGAAUGAGAGUGGGGGAAAGUGAGGCAUUUGACUCGGCACAACAAUCAGCUGAAAUUAGGUUGUUCCGGAGAAUGGCAUUUGGUAGUCAAAAUUACAGUACAGAUUUUUUCAGCGAAGACGUAUAGUACACAUUUGGAGCGUUAAACACUGAACUGAAAAGGGUUUUGCCAGAUUGAGCUAGAUUUGGAUUCGCUCAGCUGGGACCCUGAUCUUUCUGCAACUGGAACUGACUGCAUCGGAUGUAUAGAGUGUUCCAUCGUUCCUGUAAAGGUCCAUUUUUAGCUUCUGCCUAUAUUAUACGUUUAUGGACCGCCAUUUUUUGCCCCUGUAAUUACUUAGCCUAUGUAUGAUGAUCUUGUUGCAUCCACCAAUAUUUUUGGUGGUGUUAUAAAGGUAAUAAUUCAAUUUUGUUAA